ACUCUCACGCACUGCGCGACUCUCUGGUGUACGCGCAUAGCUCGUUCUCGGAUGUUUCGCCGUUCGGUUCUGUGCUCGUGUAUUUCUACAAUAACGUAAAGCUACCAGAUCUGUUUAAUUCGUUAAAAUGCUGUUUUUACCCGCAGUUACUGCUCACAUCAUAUUGGUUAUAGCGAAUAACUCGCUCUCCAAGCAUUAGAGCGAACUUUUCCAUCGUUUAAUCGGGGUGAAUACGAGGAUUUCUCGGCACCCAUGACCGAAAUCAUGGCGUUAACUGGAAACUCCAGAGCUCAGCCUUCCGCCAAAGAUCAAGGCUCCGUUCAAAACACUUUUCCAGACGUUAUUGAACUCAACGUCGGGGGGCAAGUGUAUUACACCCGUCACAUCACGUUAACCAGCAACCCCGGCUCUCUUCUGGGGAAAAUCUUCUCUCCGAAAACUAACGCGUCCAACGAUCUCGCCAGAGACCCAAAAGGUCGCUACUUCAUCGACCGGGACGGCUUUUUAUUCCGAUAUGUUUUGGACUACCUCAGAGACAAGCAGGUCGUCCUCCCCGACCAUUUUCCCGAGAAGGGGCGGCUGAGGAAAGAAGCGGAGUACUUUCAAUUGCCCGACUUAGUGAAACUUCUAACCCCGGACGAUUUAAAACCCAGCCCGGACGAAUUCAUUCACAGCGAUUACGAGGACGGGUCCCAAGGAACGUGCCCGCCGCCGUCGCUCGUUCCCGCUGACAGAAAGAGCGGGUUCAUAACUGUCGGAUAUCGCGGGUCUUGCACGACAGGGAGGGAGAGUCAAAGCGACGCCAAAUUUAGGAGGGUGCCGAGGAUUAUGAUAUGCGGGAGGAUUGCGCUGGCCAAAGAAGUUUUUGGCGAGACCUUGAAUGAGAGCAGGGACCCGGAUAGGACACCUGAAAGAUACACGUCCCGCUUUUACCUCAGGUUCAAACACCUGGAGCGCGCGUUUGACAUGCUGUCGGAAUGCGGCUUCCAGAUGGUGGCGUGUAACUCGUCGGUGACUGCAUCGGUGGUCAACCAGCACACUGACGACAAGACGUGGUCAAGUUACACAGAGUACGUCUUUUACCGUGGCCCUUCCCGCUGGUCGUCUCCGCCUUGCGACUGCUGCUGUAAAGGUCACAAAGGAGAGGGCGAAGGCGAAAGUGGAACCUCCUUCAACGAGCUCUCCACCUCCAGCUCUGAGAGCCAUUCCGAGGCCAGCUCCCCGCAAGGUACCGUCAUCCGCGGCCCAGUGAGCCGCCAGACGCACGUGCAGACGUUGGAUCGACCCCCCAAGAAAGGUCCCGUCCAGCAUCUCCUCCAGCAGCAGCAGUCCGAGCAACGUCGCAAGAGUGACCUUCUGCGGACCCUCACCGCCAGUUCGCGGGACACCAGUACGUGCAAGAAGCGUCCGGCGAAAGAAAAGCUGACUGCGGAGGAGGAGCUGGAUAAGUGCAUCCAGGAUUUUCGCAAGAUUAAGAUCCCUGAGCGCUUUCCGGAACGCAAGUACAUGUGGCAGGCCGACCUCCUGCGCAAAUAUCGUCUUUGAGGGACGGGGAGAACUUGCGAACUGGUUUCAAAACUAAAUCGAUGACUAUGUUCGUGUUCAAACUAUCACUACCACUAUUGUUACUAUCACUAGCCUACUGCCUCGGACGAUAUGUUUGUUCUCAGUCUUGGUCGAUAACCAGGGUUAACAGUUCAUCCCCUCUGGAAAAUGCCAUUUUAAACCAGCGUGAACCGUUCCAAGCUGGUAUAUGCUGGUUUGAUUUAUCAACAAUCAUAGCAGGUCUUUCUAGUCUAAUGGGUUGACCAGACUAGUCUUGCUGGUUGAACAAGUCAAGAAGCCUGUCAUGCCAGCCUCCCAACAUCUAAAACCCAACAUAUCCUGGUGACCAGCUCUUCUUCUGUUUUCGUUACUUGUAAACACACAUUUUGGUGGAUACGCGGGGGACGCAAAGCUACCCGUCCCUUCAGUUUUGCUCGAGCUAGAACAGGUGAACUCAAAAUUUGUGCUCGGUUGUGUGCAUGUUACAAGUUAACUUUUGACAUCCCUAUGUUAGUGACACAGAGAUUGAGUUGAGGUGGCCCAGAGGUUGAACGAUGAAUGUGUAUCCAGCUCAUAAAUAAUGCAUGCGCUCCUCACCGUGCCCUCUCUAAGAAUAGCCACUGCCCUGGCGGACGAGAGAGAGGGUUUCCAUUUCAACACUUGCAGAAGCACAGGAGACCACAAAGCCAAAUCCGCUUUCCCUUUUCGGAUUUUGCACGCUCCAUUUACGUACAAUCAGUGACCCCUUCAGGUCCCUCUAGAUAUAGUCGUUACGUCGCAGGCGGAAACCCGAUAGCAUCACAUUAGGCCGUUUAAACUUGUUUCCUGAAACAUAUUGAUUAAAAUAUGAUAUUUCACAGGGGAAUGUGUGAUGGCUUACACUUGGGAGGAGGUCAAAGGUUGAGUACGGAAUGUUUGGGAAAAGCAUUGAACAGGAAAAGAAAUACAAUACACUGAAGUAUACAAACACACAGUUUAUAGGGUUGUGCAAUGUCUGUGUAGAUGAUAUAAAUGAAUGGCUUCUGAUGAUAUGUCGAUGAUGAAAACAAAGUAAUAUUUGCGGAUUCUGAUGAGGUACUUAGUUGAUAAUAAUUCAAAUGGUAAUUUAUGGUAUAUUGUGUGUAGUGCUUUAUGAAGGAUGUUGUUCAUAUCAGAAAUGAUGUCCAGUCAAUGUCAGACAAACCAAUACCACGCAGCUUAGAUAUAUUUUAUGUUCACAUUUUUUAAAGCGCCAAUCUGUAACUCUUUUCAAAAUAAAAUAGAGUGGGUAGGUCUUCGAAGGAAACGUGAGAUUGAUGUCAAUUGAAUUCAACCCACGUAAUGAUAAGUAUGUCAAGUAACCUGCUAUUUCAUGCUUCAAACAGAGAUGGCGAUAGAGAGGCAAAAGUUACAGAUUGCAGCUUUAAAUUUAAGUCUCGUUUGUGUUUGGAAAAAAACGUGUCGUCACUUGCUGCUAUUGAAAUGUAUUUACUAUCAAACGUUUAAGUCAGACCUCAGUUUGGCUUGGCGUAAUCACAUACUCUUAUAUUGUAAAAGAAGAAAAGUAAUCCUUUAAAUACUAUUUUUAAGCAACUGAUGCCAAGUUCAGAUUACAACUAAUAAUGAAAGUGGGAAAACACGAUCUGCCUCUUAAUCGUUAUUUUCCUGUUCUAUUAAUAUGUUUCCUACUUUCCUAAAUGUAAUAACUUCGGUUGCCUCUGGUGAACAGUCAGAACAUCACAUCGGUUUACCUGAAAAACUCGUAACCAUCUAUAAUAUGAGGGCUGUUAUAAAGAUAUUUUUCAUUUAUCAAAAAUGUGGCUAGAUAUUCAAAGACAUGCUAGGAUAUCUUCGAUUAGCAUUUUGUUUUGUCUUUCAAAAUCUUUCGCUAAAGGUGAAGUGUGUAAUUGAUGUUAAAAUAAACUGUUUCAAAGUGGUGCCCAUACCUGUCAGUACUCCCGUUUCGGCAGGGAACCUCCCAUUUUUCACACCCAUGUCCCGUUAUUUCUCCCGUGAAACUCCUGUAUGUUAGUUAUUUCUCCCAAUAAACUCCCGAGGGGACCCACCAGAACACUGUUGCAAACAGACCGACGGAGACCGGAAGGCGAUUGUGAACAGCCCCCUUGAACGCGAUUGUGGGUCUCCCGGAUUUGGCACCCAAAUGUUGAAUGGUGGUCCCUCAACUCCGGCUGUCAUUGGCUGGUCAAACAGAAAGCACCGCCUGAUAUUUGCUCCAUAUUUGUUUGACACAAUGUGGGUCUGUCAAGCAAUAAAAGCUCAAUAGUGUUUAAGUGCAAAGUUUAUACUUUUAAGGAAAAACAACUUAAUGAAUUACCAGAUUUUUAAGGGAAAUGUGGGGGUGAUUUUGAUUGAAUUUGUGUCGUGUGAGUCUUACAAAAUUGUUCGAUUAUUAGACAAAAGCAGCUUUUCAAAUGUCCAAAAGUGUAAAAUAGUAAUGAAUUGCGAUGAGAUUGUUAAGGCUGAUUCCAAAUUUUAGACUAAUAUACUGUAGGUGAUAAUGUUAUACAUUAUAACAAUGAGUCACGUUGUAAAAGUAAAAGUCACAUUUUCAGAAACAUUUCAAACAUUUUUUUUUUCUAGAGCCUCUGAUUAUAACAUGAAUGUGCUAAUGUGAAAGAAGAAAAGGAGGAUAUAGUAAUUCACCAGAUGAACACUAGCGAUACGUUUGAAACUAAUUGUGAAGAUAAAACCAAAGGUCAGUUACAGUUAGAUGGGUAAUGAUGCCCCUCUUACGAAGAAUCCUUUUGAAUUAGAAUAUAAAUGAAAAUACUGUGAGCGCUUAUCAAAAUCUGGCCUCCAGCCACUCGUCAUGAGCUCUACUUACUGGAAUAAAAUGAUAUUUCAUGACUGCAGACAGACACAAUGGCCUGUAUAAUAGGAUCUAUUAUGUAUCAUCUGGAUACUUUGAUGACUUUAUUUAUUAGUUCUUGCACAUUUCCAAACACUGGCCAUAGUAGUGUAAAAUAAUAGCAUUACAAAUCAAUUGUAAAUAACAUAAAAUAACUCUUAUAUAAUAACUGCACUUCUGUAAUUACAGAGAAAGACCAACGAAAUAUUAAUGAGUGUUUUAAUCAUACUUGUAUAUUAAAGUAUCAUAAAGUAACAUAAGGGAAAGAGACCUCAUUGUGAAAAUGUUGUUUAUCAUAAAUGAGCACAACUCACCUAAAGCACAUAUUCGUAUUCACAUAAACUUCAGCCAAUUGAUUGACAGCAGGAAGUUUGGUUGCAUUGAUGCUGUGCUGUGCAGGCACAACACACUGCCGGUCACGAUCAUGUGAUCAGGUUAUUUUCUUCUUUUAUUCAAUACACAUAUAACUACUAUACCCCCCUAUAAAAACGUAUAAUCUUCAACUCAGAAUUUAUAUUAAACCAAAAACAAAUUCUGUCAUACAAAUCAAAACUCUUGAUAGUGGUCUUCUUUUUCUGAUGUUUGAUUACAUAAAUGUCUAUAUUUCAUAUUAUUUCAUAUAUUUAAAUGUCUUUUUGAUGAUGAAUCCAAAUGUCCAGCAUAUUAUCAUUUGUUCACAAAAACAAGCAUUGGCUGUUUUACAAUCAAAAAUUUAAGUGCAAGGUUCUUCACAGCGAUGCGAGAGAAGAACCCUUUUUGGUUCCAUAAAGGACAAUUCAGUCCAAGUUUCUUUAAAGAACCAUCUAUAUCUUACCUUUUAUAAUCUGAAGAACCUUUUUUCGGCACAAAGAUCCUUUUGUGAAACGAAGGUUCUUAAGAUGUUAAAAAUUCUCUAUGGAACCAAAAGGUUCUUCUAUGGUAUCAAAGAACCUUUAGAAGCACCUUUUUUUUAAGAGUGUAGAUAUUUAGACAUCUGUGCACAAAGUACACGUUGACAACAAAUAUUCAACUCUCAGCAGUUUCACAUCUGCACAUUUUUCAAUAUUCUGCAGUAAUCUUUGUUCCUCAAUGUUCUGUCAGUAUAAAAAUGAGGAAUCAUGAUUUCCUUAAUAAUCAUGUCUAUGUAAGAUGGUGUCUCCGACUUAUUCUAAAAGAAUAUGCCUACUUCACAAAAUGGCGACAGAGAGCGGAAGUAGGGGAAAACAUUUUUUUUCCGGCCGCACUGCUCCCAUAGCCAUUCAUUCAUUCAGCUUGUUUUCUCACAGGCUCUCAUUUUAUUUAUAAAAAACAAACGUAGCAUAUGUUGUCCAAUUUAUUUAUGGUUUACUGGGAGAUCUAAAAAUAGGGAAAACAAACAUUACAAAAAGAUUGUUUUUUUUGAGCGAUUUAUUUAUUAUCAAGGUCUGAUAUAUGUUAGACAAAUCAGCACAAAGGAAACGCACAUACGCUAACUUCUUCUGGUCUCUGCAACUGUUCUGUGUAGUGAACGGAGCUAGAGCAUAGACCGGACAAGCGUUUCCCCUACUUCCGGUUUGUACACGUCAUGCUGUGAAAUAGGUCUAUUACUACCAAAAAUCUGAACAGCAUCUAAUCCAUGUUAAGCUUUCGGUUGACAUCACAGUGUUACGCUAUCACUUCUGAGUUUGAUUUAACAUAAAACAUGUUCAAUGGUUAUUUCUAAACUCAUGGCUUAUCAGUGCAUAUAUUCUAUUCUGCUGAACUAGUGCCGUCGUUCUAAAUAAUUAUCUAAAUAAAAAGCAAGUACUUAUGAAUUUCCACAGACGGUAAGAAUUACAUGUUUUUGCCUCCAGCUUUCAGUGCAAACUAAAAAAAAGCCAGGAUAAGAAACAAAACAAGCCCUCGUCCAGGAAAUAAAAAUGUGGGGAUAAAAUGUUACUGUUGUCAAUUCCUGUAGUCAAUGAUUGAUUUAUUUUAUUCAAUUCCAAACCUUUCCUGACAUAAACCGGGACUGAAUAAAAAAGCCACCCGGGACACAUCACUCUAUGAUGCCACACAGUUUUUCCACAUGCAUCAAAUAAAUAGUUCAAAGGCUUCAAAAAUAUGAUACACAAAAACCUCAAAAGUGUGUAUGUAGUUUCUAUUGAGAUUUUGCUUUUUUAUAUUGUAAAAGUGAACUAUGAGAAAGAAAUGAUUCAUUAAAAAUACACUGUAAAUAGUCUUCAGAUUGAAAUGAAAGAUUAUUUAUCAUUGUGCCGGUAAAGGAAUGUGUGGUGUAUGUGAACAUCUUAUGUAUUGCAAAGUUCUAUUUAUCAUGGUUUGUUUCCUUUGUAUUGUCACAAGCACACUGAGCUUCGAAUGACUGUACAAGGCUUUGAAUGUUAGAUUGUCUGUGUCUGUCAUUCCGAACAAAGAAAUUGUUAUAUCAAGUCAGUGUAUAGCGUAAAUACCGAGUUCAAAGUCACAAAGUAAAGCUGAAUACAGUUCACAGAGCAACUUUUUGAAAAUAAGACACCAACAAGAGACUGGUAGAAAUUUGUGAAACACAGAGUCUGUUAGUGCUUUCUCAAUGCACAAAUCCUGUUAAAAUAUUGCCUGGUGUAUUAACAGCGACGUCCCAUUGUUCUGUCUUUUUUCAACCCGUAUAAACUACAGAGGACAGGCGGAACCAUACUUGUAAAAAACAAAAAUAGCAGACUUGCAUUAAUAUGCUAAUUUAAAAAGUACCACAAUAAACAAACAGGAUGUUGUCUGGUGUUGUACUGAUCAAGGUCGAGGUUGUUGUGCGCAUGCCGGUGUAAGAAAUACUGCAAACUCUUUGUCUGUUUUUGUGACGAUGUUAAAACAAUUAGAAGUACCAAAAUACAGGGGAAAGGAAAAGCACAAGGUUUGGGUUGUGUUUGCUAUUGUUUUGCCACAAAUGUAUGCUGUUACGUAUAAAAGACAGAGCAACUCCGUCUGAGAUGUCAUUAGAUACAUCAGAGAUUGCAAAAUGUAUGAGAACAUGAAAUAAAGUUCUAUAUAAAC